CUGCGCAGCUACUUAUAAAUGCCACGAGCGAGUUAGGCCAGUUAGUUGAAGCCCAGCUUUCGUCGGAGAACCUAGGUAGCGAUGCAUUGUUUUGGAAUACUCGUGCUGCUCGCCGGAGCUGUUUUCUGCGCCUCAGCCAAUGGCCAGCACACGUAUGAUGGACGUAAUGGCCCUCACGUCUUCGGGGUGCCCGGUCACCAGGUCUAUAUAAGAGGUCAGAACGAAGGAACCUACAAGGUGCCCGGAGUGGGCGGUCAGUUCCAGUUGACAUCCUCGCCUCGGGAGCACGUCUAUACAGAUGAGCAGGGGAACACAUAUUUGCACCGGAAGAACGGAGGACCGGGUACCCACACCAUCAGCGGUCCUGGUCCCUUAGUCCCUGGCCCGGUCGCUGUCCCCCAGAACGUCGUUUAUGCACAGCGCAGACCACGUAGCCCGCAAUUCCAUGUGGAGCGGCCUGGACGCACGGUGGAUUACGGCGCUGAUGGCUUCGUUGUCUCAAGGGAUCGUCGUAGUCCGCAGUUCCAUGUGGAGCGUCCUGGUCGGACUGUGGACGUAGGCCCCGGAGGAUUCGUCAUUCAAAGGAGUAGUCGCAGCAUCAACGAUGGCCGCGUCCAAGGUGAGAACUUUGUGGCUCGCGAUGAUCAGGCUGGCGUUUGGAAUGGGGAUGUUUCGGUAUGGAAGCGUCCCGAUGGGAGAACCGUCUCUAUUGGUCCCGAUGGAAGCACCAUAGUUUCUGGGCAUGGACGUACGCAACAUUACAAUUAGCAAGGUUGGAUAUCGCUGUGUUACUUGUUUAUAUAUUUUGAUUUAAACUUAAAAAAAAUAAAUAAUUAUAUUUAUAAA